AUGACCACAAUUUCUAAACUCAGGGAUUUUCUCAAGGCACGGCAUGAUAUUAUCCACUAUCUCCGGCCGUCAUUGUUCGCAGCACCCGCUCUGGAGCCCGAUCCGGAACUGCGCGCCCUUCUCGUGCUCAAAUGGAUCCUCACCAGCCUCAAGCACCAGCUCUACGUCGACGGCGCCCCCGGCCGCAGCAUCAAGAAGCCCCUGAACGCCUUCCUGGGCGAGAUCUUCCGUGCGCAAUGGACCGACGGCCGCGCCACCGCCAACCUCGUGUCGGAGCAAGUCUCCCACCACCCGCCCAUCACGGCCGUCUACAUGUGGGAUGCGGAGCACGGCAUCCACGGCGAGGGCUACUCCCGCGUCGAGAUGACCUACUCGGGCGGCGUCAGCAUCCGACAGACGGGGCACGCCAUGCUCCACAUCGACAAGUACAGCGAGGAGCACCUGAUCUUCCUACCGCACUGCAGCGUGAAGGGCUUCAUGUCCGGCAGCAUGUUCCCGGAGCUGAACGGGACCUACCACAUCGUCUCGUCGUCCGGGUUCGUGUCCGAGAUUGUCUUCUCGGGCACCUCGCUGCUGGGCACGGGGCAGAGGAACGCCGUCAAGGCCACCAUGUACCGGCGCGACGACCCGGCCAAGACACCGCUCUACACCAUCUCUGUGACGAACCUACUUCAGGACCCUGUCCUGUUAGGAGGAGCAGGACCCCUGAGAGUCGAGGCGGCGUGGCAGGGUGUGAUGGCGGCUCUGCGACGUGGUGAUUUUGGCGAUGCCGUGACGGAAAAAUCAAAGGUGGAGAAGGCGCAGCGGCUGAUGCGAGCGGCGGAAAAGGAGAGCGGCAACACGAAGUGGGAACCGCUCCUGUUUGCUCCGCUGUCUCGGCGGUACGAGGAGUUCGAGCGGCUUGGGCCUGCCGUGGGCUGGCAGACUUAUGCCGAUGAGACAAAGGGGGUGUGGAAGGUCAACCGUGAGAAGGCUGAGGGUCUGAAGCGCCCAUUCCGCCCCGGGUUGACUCCCUUGGGCCGGGAGGAUGUGAAGGAGACGAGCGGUUGA